AUGCAGUCCACCGACAAGAGCCUGGUAGCAAGGAGACCUCAGCUUCAGGUGCUGAAGUUCAAUGAGCAGUUCGCCUGCACCCUGAGUCAUGAUGUUUCACGGAUCCCCUCUGCCACUCGUAGCACCAUGAGACACCUGACCUACCGGCAUGAGGAGGUCAGUCAGUGGCAGGCCCAGAUAUCUGAGAUCAUUGGGCAGGUGGACCGGGAAAUCAUUGCCCUGGAGCAGGUGAAAAGCACCACUGAGAGCUUUCUUGAGGAGAAGCUGCUGUAUGGUCAGCACAUGAGCGAGUGUGUGGAGGUCAAGAACAGUUUGAACACAGGAGUCCUGGAACAAGACCCUGUCCUCAUCGAGCUGAGGAAGGAGGUGCAGUUGACCAAUGAGAUCACAGAAGUGCUUCAGAAGCAGAUCUGCUUCUUGGUGGGUAAACUGAGCUCUCUGAAGGAGAUACACACUCAGCUGCUGGUUGACUACCAGGACAAGAGUGAAGCCAACAAGCUUACUACUAAAUGCAUAAUCCAUGAUGUUAGCUGCUCCACCUUCCAUCUCCCUGCUGAUCAGUACAAGCCUUACCAUACGGGCUACGACAAGUGGCAGACCAACUGCAAGGACCUGAAACUGACUGCUGACAGCCUGGUAAAAGAUUCCUCUACAUUCAGAGGGAACCUGAGCUUCACCCUUGCCAAUCUUAAGAAUGCUCACGAGUGUCAGCGCCACAACACAGAUGGUGCCAUGCAGAAAAAGAUCUAUGAGAUGCGCAAAGUCCAAGAGGGGUUACGCUGGCAGAGGCAACAGAUCAUUGACGAGAUACAAGAUCUGACAAAGGUCACUCAGAGAGUGGCGGGUCAGGUCAGGAACUGUGAUUCCCAGCUGCAUAACACCACCUACUGCCUGGACAUUCUCAGCCAGAGGCCCCGAUAUGAGCUCUGCCUGGACAUGCCCCACUUCAGCUUCACGCUUGCUAAAAGUGACCUUACAAACAUGGCAUCUGGACUUUUCCCAAAACUGCAACGCUGCCAACAUGACAUGGAGCCCAUAAUUAGGCGACUGUCGAUCGUGGAGGACAGAAUGGCCACUAAUGAUGAAGCCCUAAGGGUAGAGCAGAAGUGCCGGACCAUGCACCACAGUUUCCUGCCCCUGCGUUACACCACUGUGGUCAUUCCUAGCAAGCCCAGGCUCUGCUGGGGCCUGAGGUCCUCCAGCCCCUACUCAUUCUUUCAGUAG